AUGACGCUGGCCGAAGAGUUCAAGUCGCGCAACUUCAGCAUCUACGGGCAAUGGCUCGGGGUACUAUGCAUCAUCCUUGGAAUCGCCCUGGGGAUCGCCAACAUCUUCCACUUCAACCUUCUGAUCAUAUUCAGCAUCAUCCUCCUUUGUUCAUCGCUUAUCCUGAUCUUCAUUGAAAUCCCUCUACUGUUACGAAUUUGCCCGACCUCCGCCAAGUUCGAUGCCUUCAUCCGUCGCUUCACCACAAACUACAUGAGAGCAGCAAUCUAUGGGGUCAUGUCGCUGGUGCAGUGGCUCAGUCUCCUCAUCGAGCGCAGCACCUUGAUCGUUGCCGCGGUUUUCCUGGCGUUGGCGGGGUUGUGCUACGCUCUAGCAGGACUGAAACAACAGGACUUCGUUGGAAGCAAGACCCUGGGUGGGCAGGGAGUGGCGCAAAUGAUAGUUUGA